UUGAUUCCAAUAUGGUGGACGUGUCAACAUAUUUGGGUCUUUCGUGUCUACAAGUUAUUGUGAAACGUUGUUCCCCAAUAUUCUGAAGUAAAACCCAGAAACAUGGAGUUUUGUUAUUGAAUUAUUCCCUGAUGUCAUCUUGGGCCGGAUUCACAGACGAGGAGCUCCUCCGGCUAAGACAGACUGCAGGAGAAGAUAGGACAGCUCCAGGAAGCCUUAGAAAGUCAGCGAUAAACACUGCAAAACGACAACGACCUCGUGAGAAAGUACGAUCAAGAGGUACAUCUUCAGGGAAACUAGAUUCCGGGAAGAAAGAAGGAAAUGAAGACCAGGGCGCGAGAGAUUGCGCUCAGUUAGCGCCGCAGAACACAAGCUCCAGAUCUAACGGUGGUCGCUCAACUUCACGACUUGAUUCCAGGGAAGAAGAAAAGGAAAAUUCUUCUCCAGAGUGUGAAAGGCGAGGAAAAAGUGUAAGCCAAGUGAAAGAAAGGAAUUCUGUCCCUAAAGAAUCGUCUUUAGAGACCAAGUCUCUGAAGAACGCCAAUGAUCAACAAGGAAAAGCUUUCGAGGUGGAUGAUGGCCAUCAAGAGCAAAGCGGUAUACUUACGGAUAAAGAGGUGGAAAUCGAUCUCCCUAAUAUAAUCGACGAGAAUGAUAGAAUACAAGCAAUUGAAUUGUCAGCUUUGGAAAAGAUGCAAGAAAAACAGAAACAGAUUGAACAGGAAAAUAAAAGAAAGAAAGCAGCUCUUCAGGAAACAAUAAAGAAAAGAUAUCAGAAAACCCAAGCAGAAGCACACACUCUUAGUUUAGUUCAGAAAGAGUUGAGCCAUCUUGACAGUCUACUGUCUGCUGAUGUAGCUAUUCUUCGAGACAAGAUAGAGGAGAGCAGUAGAGAUUUCCUUAGUGCACAAAAGAGGUAUGAAAAGGCAGAAAAAGAGUUCGUGGAGGCGAAGAUGGAUUUACACAGAAAAACGGAAAGGAAAGAUUUGCUAACAGAGCACCUGUAUACCAUUAUUAGAGAAAAUGAAUUAAGAAAGGCAAAAAAACUCGAAGAACUCAUGGUAAAGCUUAAUGUCGGGAACGAUGUUGGCUUUUCAGCACAAAAUGAGGGCGAUGAAGCCAUUAUGGAACAGAACAAUUCAGAAAUUCCUGUACUAUCAGAGGAUAAGGCGAGAAGAGAGAUUCCAGAAUCGAAUUCAGGUUCGGCUUUACAUCCAUGUCAUGCAGUAGAAGACAAAACUCCUAUCGAACAGACUGAAGUUGACAUGGCAAAACAGAAAAUGUUGUCUGAAGCGGUUUCAGAAAAAGAAGUUACAGUUCCGACCUGAUUAAGCUUCCCUUUACUUUAGACAAACAUUUCAAAAAUUUAGGACCGGAAGUGACAAUCAUGACUCCAGGUGAACUACUUGGAUAUCGUGCUGGCUGACACUUCUUAGAUACCGAGUGAACCUCAUGAAAUGCCAAAAAAUCAGCAGAAUUCGUUGGAAGACUUGAUUUUAUAGCUUAACUUCUCAAUGGAACGUAGUUUUAUAUACUCCGCAUUAGAGGAGUCAUUCACCGUUCAGUUUUUUUAGCUGAAUCUCUUCUGGGAAAUAAACGUUGUAAAUUACUAUAAGAGGCUUGCUUAUUUACUCGAACGUAACACAGACCUGUCGAAUUAGCCACGCCCUCCUUUCGACCCUCCCGCCUUAUAUGAGGGUCUCAGUGGUGUUAACCGUUAGGCAUAAAACGGACAAAAUUGAACAGUUUGCUUUAAAAGUCUUCACCCCUUUGAGAUCCUCUUAUUAGCGUCUUUGUUAUCUUCCACUCAAAUUAUAAAAUAGUCGACCAGUGGAAAUCGUGUUAGACACUAAAAACAAUCAAACUCGGUCAUUUGAGUGUUCCUGCGCUUCAAGCACUUUGCUUGUUCCACUUUGAGUUUUCAUUGGCGAAUGAAAAAGUUAAUCUUAGUUCUGUUUGGUUACUAGGAUUACUUUGUGAAACCUCUCUAUUAAAGCAAUUUCAAGUGUGUGUUUAGU